CGCACGUACGGUGAUUAGUCGCUGUUUUGUUUCGGUUGUUCAUCACUCUUCUCCGGCAGGGAAUAUUUUGUGUGCAUGCUGAGGGAUAAGUGAAUGUACAUUGAAUGUGAAGAUGAGACUGGACUCCCAAGAAGAGCGAUUGCUGUGAUUGAGUUUCAUUGUGAUAUGUGAUAACAGCGCCAUCUGUGUAGCGGAGAAAGUGUUGAUUUACUGUUUUUAAGCUAGAAUCUAUAGCUGUGCCUCUCUAUUGAUAGGUGAAGCUGUUCGCUGUGAUAUUGUAAACCCGGAAGCUCGUGCGCCUCAAAAUGUGUGACGUUCGUUCGCAUUUAGGGAGAUAGUGUUAAUUGCAUUUGUUUUAAAUUAACUCAGCUUCGCAACGGUGUUGGUUGUUCACGUGUCAUAUAUGGGUAUCAUUAUGGCGUAGAUUGGGUCUCGUAGAUGUGUGAAGCGAAGCUAACGACCAGAAGAAGAGGGUGCCUACUGUUUGUUUAUCAUCCAUGACCGUAGCCGCCUAUAUGUAGUACCAUCAUCAGAGAGUAUGAACCUACUUGAGGCGCAGGAGGCGUAGAAAACAAGAUACAGUGGAGAGAUCCACCCGCACCGUGGAGAAGUGCACACACAUAUCUCCACAUGUAGAUAGAUAGGGAACGACACGGCGACCGGGGGCUGUUGACUCAAUAUUUAGACUACGUAGGUACGUAGUUAUCUAUAAGCCAGCAGCAACGGGACGACAAAGUGUGUAAAGCCAUGUGAAGUAUGAGGACGCGACGGUGCUCAUCAUCUCAGUGCUCUCCUCCGCCAACCAGUGCCCAUUAGUCAGUUGUGUGAAGUGUGCGAAACUCGUUGCAUCCGACGCGAGAAAUCCAGCCGGAGUAGGAGGUGAAAAAUCCCCUUGUGUACUGAAGUGUGACAGUUCCGUCGUCUGUCGACUGAUGCUCAACUGCUGGCCUGAUGCAUCUUCCAUCAGGGGCCGAGAAGCCGCCGACGAUUCACCAGGAAAAUAUAGAUGUGAUAAUACAGUAAUUUGUUUUAGUGCAAUUUUCUAAUUAAUGGCUGCAAGCAGCGGGGCGCCAUCUGGUGCGAGUGAAAGUGACAAGAAGUGCGAGCAAUAGUGCCGUCAAAGCAAGCGAUUCAGCAGAAUUGCAACUUUACGACACUGUCAAGGGAGAUUACACAAGUACCCAGUCUACUGUGGUUUCCGUUCGUGUUUAAUGAGAGUGAAAACUGUAACAGCCCAGCCACAACAAGCAAGCCGGAAAGCUCACACCAUUCAACUUCUAUUUACCUCACGGGAUUAUUACGUUUUAUCGGUGCAUGAAGAAAGGAUCAACCAGCCCCAGGCGUUCUUCAACAAUAUCCGGAUCAGUGUCACGCUCUUUAACCGUCGCUGUUGUUAACCUUCCUAGUCCAUUAGUCAGUCCGAACACACAGCGGCCGCAAACCAGCUUCCAGACCUAGCACAACGUAUGCAUUCACUGCACGAAAUUAGCAGCACCAAACAAGAAAACAACAGCAACACCAGCAACGACCACGACCGCAAUCGCGUUUACCAUCGGCGACGGCGUUGCACUGAUCCCCAUCAACGGCGUCGUUGUCGUUGUCGUCGAGGAGAAAUUGCUACUAAAAUAAGGCCAUCGCCGGCUGCCAAUCCCGGUCUCUUGGAGCAGCUGCUGCUAGCCGCAGCGGCUACUGUGGCAGUGGUCAACCGUGGUAGUAGCGACAACACCAGCGUCGAUCACAGACGGCGGCGGCGUCGCCGGAGACGACGACGGUCGUUCACGUUUUGAACGUGUAGCCUAGAAAUCGCAUACGCGUUGAAAGGCGAAAUUACCCAUUUUAGCACGUUUGCCGCCGCCUACUUGGGUGAUCGCUGAGGCUGUAUCGUUUCGAUCGACGAAUGCGAGCGUCUCACGGGUGGUGGCCGUUGAUGCUUCAUCGUCCCGCACCCGCACGCGCUGUCACGCGAUGAAUGUUGAUGCGCUGCGCGCGAAGAUUUAUGUGCCAUUUGACAGUGCGCUCAAUGUAAGCAAAUCAAAGUAGUCGGAAAUCGAUGUGUAAAUACAGUUGGAAGUGAUUUAUGGUACAAAAAAUCGCCAUCGGAAUCGUUACAGUUGUUGUUAUUGUUGUGAAUAUCGUUAUUGCGGGAGGAGCUUACGAUGAAAUCCAAAGUGCAAACUAGCGUAAGACAGAGCACACCCUCGUUGGGUCGCUGGGGCCGCUCAACGGUGAGCUCCAGUCCAAUAGCUAUACCAGGCGGUGAAAGAGGAGGGCUGGGAGCAACUGGGAGCGGAAAUGCAGGAACGAGUCCCGAGUACCUCGGUGGAAUGAGUCCACCGCACAGCCCGAACUCGCCCCCUCCGAUACCGCCACGACCUGUGAUACGGCAGUCCAGCUUUACCAAGAUCGGCUACAUGAUCAACACGGCCGUCAACGGAACCAAGAAGCAGUUUAUCGGCAGUUCCGGCGGUGGCAGCGGUGAGUACCAAUCCUGAAUUUCUGUAUAUUUUAUUUUUUCUUGUAAGUUCUACUGAUAAUGGGCUAUCAAACUAGGGGCAAGACCAAGGGAAAUAACAUAUCCUUUUCAAACCGGAAAAUCCGCAAUUAUUCAUUUCUAAACGUCGCUAGCCAUGCUAACUGAGCAGCAGUUAGACGCGGUUAGUAACGGAUAAAUGCAGAUUUUUCCGGUUAGCAAAGGAAGUGUCAUUUCCCCUGGACAAGACAGAUCCAACGAGAGAAAAUUUGUGUUCGAUGUGUUGUUCAGAAGUCCUCAUAGUUCCUUAGAUUACCUCCUAUUUAUACCAAAGUGUGAUCUGCCAUCAAUGUCGAACUGCAAAGUGUUGUGUGUGCUGAAUGAAAAUUUCAGGAUUUUGAGGAUGUCGUUCAACAAAUUUCGUCGAUCAUCAAUCAAAAGAGUAGCUCCGAAUUUCUCAGAGUUGCUCUCGUUUGCACAGUGUCAAAAUAAAUUAAAUUCAGAAAUUAUCGACGCAGCACGGUGUUAAAAUUUUGAUUAUUAUCGAACUUUCAUGUACCUUGGAUUUUUUUUUCAUGG